AAUUGUCAAAAAAUCAGACUAGUGAAAUUGAAAAUAAUAAAUAAUGUGAAGUGAAUCAAAGCAUGAUCAAAGCUUUUAAAAACUGAAUAAUUGCCUUAACUCUUGAGCAUCACUUUUGCACUCUUGAUUUCUCACACGGUAAAGAUGGGACUGAUUACGUUAAGCCAUUUGAUAAUAACACUGCAAGUUGUGAUAAAUACUGUUCAUGGGGCUCCUUCAGAUAUUCAGCUGGAUGCAAAAGCCCAAUCCACUCACCGACUAGAUAGCUUAAAUUUACUCUCCUAUACCCUUCUUUUAAUUUUAACUGUAUUAACUAUUUGGCUUUUUAAGCAUCGUAGAUUAAGUUUUGUACAUGAGACAGGCUUAGCUGUUAUAUAUGGCCUUAUAGUAGGGGCUAUUAUAAGAUAUUCUGGUGCAACCUCCCAAGUAAUAAACAUGCAGGUGUUCGUAGACGAAACCAAAUAUAACUCCAGCCUGCCGCCAGAUACAUUGUCUUUAUACAUGCCUAAACCCAAUCCAAGCAGAAAUCUUACUUUCCAGUAUGUUUUUCGCAAUGAAAUCGACGAUGUCAAAGAAAACGAGAUUGACUUGAAAGCCACGUUUGAUCCAGAGAUAUUUUUUAACAUUAUCUUGCCCCCCAUCAUUUUCCAUGCUGGAUAUUCAUUGAAACGGAAAUAUUUCUUUCGUAAUCUGGGUGCAAUCUUAACUUACGCAAUUAUCGGUACGACUGUUUCCUCCUUUAUUGUGGGCAUACUGAUGUAUGGUUGCGUACAGUUAAUGCCAAUCCGACUCGCCACUAGCUUUACCUUCUUGGACACCCUUUACUUCGGAGCACUAAUCUCCUCUACUGACCCUUUGACAAUCAUAGCUAUUUUUAACGAUUUAAACGUAGAUGUUAAUCUGUAUGCCUUAGUAUUUGGUGAAAGUGUUCUUAAUGAUGCUGUUGCUAUCGUUCUUAGCGGGUCCAUUCAACACUACGGCAAAAGAUAUCAAUUGGGCACGGGAGGUUUUGAAAUAAAAGCGUUUUUCCAGGCAGUGGGAGACUUUUGCGGCAUAUUCAUGCUGUCGUUACUUAUUGGCGCCGCUAUGGGCUGCAUCACUGCAUUGAUGACCAAGUAUACGAGAGUACGAGAUUUUCCAUUAUUGGAAUCCGCUUUGUUUGUGCUCAUGUCUUACAGCACAUUCUUGAUAGCUGAAGCAUCGGACCUGACUGGUGUGGUAUCAGUAUUAUUUUGCGGAAUUUGCCAAGCGCACUACACUUACAAUAAUCUAUCAGAAGACUCGAGAAUAAGGACCAAGCAAAUAUUCGAGCUGCUCAAUUUCUUGGCGGAAAAUUUUAUAUUUUCUUACAUCGGUGUUUCCAUGUUCACGUUUCCGAAGCACCACUUCGAAACGUGGUUUAUUAUUGCUGGAUUUAUUUGUGCCGCCAUAGGACGAGCAGCAAAUGUAUACCCGUUAUCAUUUCUGCUCAACUUGGGCCGACAUCCGAAAAUCCCGUUAAACUUCCAACACAUGCUGUUUUUUGCUGGACUACGAGGGGCCAUGUCAUUUGCUUUGGCGAUUAGAAAUACCAGGUCGGAAGCUAGACAGGCAAUGUUAACCACAACUUCACUUAUAGUGAUCAUAACUGUGAUAAUUCAAGGAGGAGCCAGCAUGAAUUUGUUGAAGUGGCUGAAAAUACCAGUGGGCAGCGAUGAAGAAACAGAGGCCUUGUCGCAGAAUGGUGGUCACAGUGUAUACAAUUCAAUGGAAAGAGGUUCUGCGGGAAACUCAACUCCUAGAAGUGACUGCAACGAGCCGUUUGGCGCUCCACAGCGUCCCACACAGAACGAAAAGGCCCUUUUAGCGCGAGUAUGGGGCUCGUUGGAUAGCAAGUACAUGAAACCCUUGUUAACCCACUCCAGACCCACUCUUUUGGAGACGCUUCCAGUUUGCUGCACUCCUCUGGCUAGAUUUUUAACUACGACGGAGCAAUUGACUCAGGACGGGUCAAAUUCGAAAAGACGAGAUUCAGAUUCCGAUCUCUGUAUUGAAGAAAACGACUUAUCGAUUAACUCGAGAAUUAACACCCGAGUAAGUGUUUAUAACAGAGUGAUUAGCUACUGUGUAAACGGAGCUAUACGUAUCAACUGAGACUAGAGGAUGAUUUAUUCCGUCUUGUAAAAUCGAUUAACUUUGAGUUUUGUUUUCAGCCAAUCAACGCCAUCAGCGGCCACCAGGUGUAAAGGCACCAAGGUGUAAAACCUCUGAUCUACAAAUCAUAUUAUGUAAUCGCCUAGUCACUACUCAUACCACUAGUAUACUUAUGAAUUUAACUACUCGUGCUAACUCUAAUGGAAGAGGCUGAUAACCCGAUCAAAAACUAAUAAUAUUCAUUGUUCGAAUUUUUAGUUAAUUUAAUGGGUAGAAGCAAGAUGAGUAAUUAGUUUUCGGUGUGUUUAUUGGAAGAUAUGUUCCUUUUUUGAAUUGUUAUGUUGUUUAUUUCUUGUAUAACAUAACAGCCGUUAUUACCGGUAAAUGUUGUUUAUUUUGUUACACUGUCAGCACAGAUUAUUAUGUAAAAAACUUUUUGAUUCUUGAUGUGUUAGAUUUCAUCAAAACGUAAUUUGUUAGAAUUAAAAGUCUAUUCUGUGAUAGCUGAGUGUUGAGUGAAAUGUUACUUGGUUGCUGCUUAUCGAGUACUUACAGUUAUUGACAGAUUAUAGUCAUGUAAGUAGCCUAAUUCAUUCAAUUCUGAAACUGUAUUUUGAAUUGACAUGAUUUAUUAGUUUUGUGAUAUCUGAUCUGUCAAAUGUUUUUUCUUUCUAUGAAUUAUUAUUAAAGUUAAAGUGAAUGUCCCGUUG